AUGGGGUCAGCUUGUAAAAAUUGCCAUCAAACUUCUUAAGUGGAAUCAGAAAUUUAACUAAAACCUGUUUAAAAAGUCCCAUCUAAACAAACUAUUAUUAGCAACGCUGAUUCCAUUCCUUUGAAUUUAGAGGAUGAAGAAUUAGUCAAAAAUGCAACUACCUUAACAAAAUUUCAUAAGAUGUAAAUGAAGAAUAUGGGAUAUUAUGAAGGAGAAUGGUUGAAUGGAAUGAGGCAUGGAUCAGGAAUUUAUACUUGGAGUGACAAUACAGUAUAUACAGGCUAGUUUUAAAAUGAUUAAUUGCAUGGAAAAGGUUAAAUUAUCCACCCAAAUGGAGAUGUUUAUGAAGGGGAGUGGUCUAAUGAUUUAGCAAAUGGUUUAGGAAUUUUCAAAUAGUGCAAUCAAAGUACUUAUACUGGAUAAUGGAAAGAUGACCUCUAACAUGGUGAUGGAAUAGAAGAAUGGCCAUAAUAAAUUAAAUAUGAAGGUUAAUAUGUAAAAGGUAAAAAACAUGGAAGAGGGAAAAUCAUAUUUGAAGAUGGCAGUAGAUAUGAAGGAGAAUUUAUUAAUAAUUAGGUUUGUGGCAAUGGAGAAUUUUAUUGGUAAUAAGGAAAAUAUUAUAAGGGACAAUGGAAAGAUAAUCAAAUGAAUGGGAAAGGUGAAACGUUUUGGCCUGAUGGCAAACAUUAUGUAGGAGAAUAUGAAAAUGAUAAAAAACAUGGAUAAGGAUAAUUCACAUGGGAAAAUGGUAAAGUGUACAUAGGAGGUUGGAAUCAAGGAAAAUAACAUGGUAAAGGAUUUAUUGUUGAGGAUGGCGUUAAAAAAGAAUGUAUAUUUGAGAAUGGUAGAUUAGUGAAUAAUAAUUGA